ACCUUCCGUUGUUCAAUGCCACUCACAUUGAGAGCAGCGACUAGGGCAGUGGCUGGACCGGGCCCGGGGGCGGAUCCGGGGCCAGGCACAGGGCCAUCGCGGGUCAAGCAGGCGCUUCUGAUGCUCAACCAGGCAGAGGAGGAUCGCAUCUCGGGCGAGAGCAAGUCUUCAUCGACGUCGGACAUGUACAGCGGUCUCCGCUACUCGCUCGACGCUGGCUCGUCGAGAAAGAAUGGCGACAAGAACCGGUACGGCAACAUCCUUUCCUACGACCAUGCGCUCCUUCCGGGACCUUACCUCAACGCCUCGCUAAUCCCUCCUCCCAAGGUGGUCUCAUCGCCCUUGACAGCGCCAAGCGGGCGCCCACCCCUACGAUCCUACAUUGCUUCGCAGGCUCCGCUACCGACGACAUUCUCGACGUUUUUUGCGCACAUCUGCGGCAACCGAGUCGCUCUCCUCAUCAAUCUCGCACCGCUGACGGAGCACGGCGUGCCAAAGGCCGAUGCUUACUGGCCUGCUUCGGGGCAGACGAAGAGGGACGUCGGCGACGGCUGGUCGAUCAGCCGGAGUCGGCCCGACGAACGCAUCGGCGACGAGGUGCCGGGCGAGUGGGACGUUGUGAAGCGGAGUCUCGUCAUCCACGCGCCUGCCCCCGUGGCCGCUGCAUCCGCGACGUCGGCGACGGGACCGACAGAGGAAGAGCGGCAUCCUCGGCAUCAGUUGACAAUGCUUCACGUGUGCAGCUGGGCCGAUUUUGGGACGUCUGGGAAAGCAUCAUUCGAGCGCCUGUUGAGCCUCAUCGAGGACCUAAACGGCCAGGACCACGGUAGCGGCCCUCCUCUCUGGCUCCAUUGCUCGGCCGGUGUGGGAAGGAGCGGAACUGUCAUUGCUGGCCUCAUGGCGCGCAAUCUGGCCAGGCAUGGUUCACUUUCAGCGUUUUCUGCAGCGCAGGGGAAAGAGAGGAACGGUGACAGCGGGCCCGAGGAAGUGGCGAUGCAUACAGCGGCUAAGCUCGUCGACCACCAGCGCCGCUAUCGGCCCAAGAUGGUGCAAACACCCCAGCAGCUUGCCAUGAUUGUAGACGCCGUCAGCGAUUGCCUUUGUUCCCCACCAUCUACUGGACAUUAAUUGACAUCUGCUACAUUUAAUACUGUACAUUUGAAGGGAGC